UAAUAUUUCAAAACAAUUUUCAUCAUAUAUAAAAGAGAGUUGAGUAAAGUCAUUUAACUGGAAUUGGUCAAGAAGUCUAGUUGCUUUGUUAAAGAAAAAGGUCUUUUGUGAGUGAUUUUUCAUUUCAAACUAUCAAAAUUGUUUUAUUUGCUGAUUUUGAGUCGAGUUGAAAAAUGGAGGAGAGGUAUGAGCCAUUGAAAAAACUUGGUUCUGGGCAUUUUGGGGUGGCUAGACUUGUCAAAGACAAGAAAACAAAGGAACUUGUUGCUGUCAAAUAUAUUGAAAGAGGACAAAAGGUAUUAUANCAGAGGGAAAUUAUAAAUCAUAGAUCAUUAAAGCAUCCCAAUAUUGUCAGAUUUAAAGAGGUUUUGUUAACUCCAACACAUUUAGCAAUUGUUAUGGAAUAUGCAGCAGGUGGUGAACUUUUUGCUAAAAUAUGCAGUGCUGGUAGAUUUAGUGAAGAUGAGGCUCGCUUCUUCUUCCAACAGCUAAUAUCUGGAGUUAGUUACUGUCAUUCAAUGGAAAUUUGUCACAGGGAUUUGAAGUUGGAGAAUACACUCCUUGAUGGAAGUCCAACGCCACGUGUAAAAAUAUGCGAUUUUGGUUAUUCCAAGUCUGGUUUGUUGCAUUCACAACCCAAGUCGGCUGUUGGAACACCGGCUUAUAUUGCACCUGAGGUCCUCUCGCGGAAGGAAUAUGAUGGGAAGAUUGCAGAUGUGUGGUCAUGUGGGGUGACACUAUAUGUGAUGUUAGUAGGAGCAUACCCUUUUGAAGAUCCUGAAGAUCCAAGAAAUUUUCGUAAAACCAUUGAGAGAAUAAAGAAUGCUCAGUACUCUAUACCAGAUUAUGUAAGAAUAUCUGCUGAAUGUAGAAACCUCAUCUCUGGAAUUUUUGUCGCAAACCCCUCCAAGAGGAUCACCAUUCCAGAAAUAAAGCAACAUUCCUGGUUCCUAAAGAAUCUGUCAAAAGACCUUAUGGAUUGUGAAAAUUCAAGAUUUGAAGAAAUUUCAGAUCAACCACAGCAACGCAUGGAAGAAAUAUUGCGGAUAAUACAAGAGGCUAAGACCCCCGGAGAAGUGUCAAAACCCGACGUGCCAACAGACGUCGAUGGCACGGAGGGUGACCUCGAGUCUGAAAUUGACACAAGCGACGAUUUUUUGGAUCCUCAUAGAGAGUGAGUUUAAAAAUAGAACGAUAUGAAAUAUCGAGAAUUCAUAUAGUUGAUCCCGAAUUGACCGGAAUAAAGACGUUGUUGUUGUUGUAGAAGUAGUAUCUGAAGGUCACAUGGAUUAAUAAAUUGAGUAUGACUAGUAAAUAUGGGAUUUACUAUUGUUGAUUGAA